AGAGCUUUGCACCCGCACCCCACCUCUUCUGCCUCUGGGGCUGACGAACCCCUUCAGGCGUCCUCGACGGCUUCUACAACUACCCCAACACGCCAUGCUUUCGAGCGACGCGUCGAAGAUGUGAAGCCUGUUAAAGAUGAUAUCAACAAGCUCAUAUUGGACUACCUUACCACCGAAGGUUAUCCAUCGGCGGCAGCGAAAUUCUCCAAGGAAGCCAACCUUGAUGCUCAACAUGAUGAGGCCUCGGUGAGGUCGCGUCAACAGAUUCAGCACUCGAUUCACUUGGGAUGCAUACAAGAAGCCAUCGAAGCUUUGAACGAACUUGAGCCUCAGGUUCUUGAUAAGAAUCCUCCUUUGCACUUUGCGCUUCUUCGCCUUCAACUCGUCGAGCUCAUUCGAACCUGCCAUGCCACUCCUGGGGGUGAUAUCACUCCAGCGAUCACUUUCUCUCAAGAGCACCUGGCUGAGCGAGCGGCCUCAAACCCAGAGUUCUUGGAAGAUCUAGAAAGAACAAUGGCCCUUUUGUUCUUCGCUCCAGACAGCCUUGAACCUCAAUUGGCCUCCCUUAUACACCCCGAUCUCAGAAGAUCUGUGGCAGACAGGGUCAACAAAGCAAUUUUGACGUGUCAAAAUCAGCGACGUGAUGCAGCUAUUAGAAAUAUUGUGCGGCUUCGUGCAUGGGCUGAGAACACGGCGAGGGAUAAGAAGAAAGAUCUGCCUGCUCGUCUGGAUCUAGGCCUGGACAGUAACGAGAAAGAUGACAGGCACGAAAAUGGCCAUGAGCCUAUGAUCACAUGA